CUUAGUUCAGUACGACAUGGUAGACGAAAAUCUCGAAGUGGCUGAAUUCCCAAAUGAAAUUCAAAUCACACAAUUAGCGAUUAACCCAUCAAUAGAUGAAGAAAGUGAUGAAGAAGAGACGGGAAGCGAUGAGGUUACAGUUGCUUCGACACAUGAAGCCAUCUCUGCGUUAAAAACCAUAGUAUCAUACGUCGAAUUCAAAUAUCCGGAAAACGAGCAGUUCUUAAAUGCCGCUGAUCGUUUGCAAAGAAAUAUCAGUCAGGAGAUAUUAAGCAAAAGAGUGGUGCAGAAAAAUAUUACAGAAUUUACCUACAGUUAUACGUAUCUAUGUUAUGUAGAUAAAUAAUAUUAUAUGUUUGGAAAUAAAAAUACAAGUGCAAUGCAGCUAUAAUUAUGUGUCCAAUAAUUUUCAGCAUAGUUGGCG